UUAGUCUUACCCCUACACAAAAAAUCCUGAUUAUUCAGGUUAAAUUUUCAAACCUGGGUGGGUAGAAGUAAUCAAUAGGAUUUGUAGGUGCUCAGGACUUUUGAAAAACAAUCACCCCUUUAUGAAUAGGCUGGGAAGAAUUGCUCAUUUUGCUGGCCAGUUACAAAUGAGCAAUUUAUAAUUGUAAUACAAUACAAUUCACAGUUAUCUGUGUAAUUAAGAGCAUCAAAAAACACCUCAUUUGCUUUCCAGCAUGAACAAUGAUGGCUUUCUCUUUUCAUGGCUCUCAGGGAUGAAAAACUUUGAAGGUCAUGCCCUGCCAGGGUGUUACUUCCUGACUGUUGGGGUCCUGUGGUCUGUGAAACACCCCAUCAAGUAUCUCAUGCAGAGGAAGAAUGAAAACAUCAGCAAAAAUAAGUGGUACCAGUAUCUGGAGCUCCUGGAAGGGCUGGGCAAAGUUAUCAUUGCUCUAGUGGGGAUUCUUGCUGGACAGUUUAUUCCCGAGGGCCCCCAUUUGCAUCUCUACACCCAGGAUCACAAGUGGGUGGACCUGCUGACUUGGACACAUGGAACCAUGUACUUCACUUAUGGCCUCUCUGGCCUAGUGGAUAUUCUCAUCCCCCUCCCACUUGGGCUGCCCCCAGGGCUGGAUCGCUUCAUGCUCUCCCAGGCGCUGUGUGUUGAAGGUUUUCUCUUUUAUUUUCAUGCCCAUCACCGCCUUGCGCUGGAUCAGCACAUCCACUCACUGAUGCUCGUUGCCAUAUUUGGUGGUGCCUUCUGCUCCCUUCUGGAAGUGUUCAUGCGAGAUAACCCAGUCCUGGAGCUCUUAAGGACGACCAUGUUCCUUCUCCAAGGAUCCUGGUUCUUGCAGAUCGGGUUUGUGCUGUACCCACCAUGGGGCGGGCCAGGCUGGGACCAGACUGAUCAUGGAAACAUCAUGUUCCUCACCAUGUGCUUCAGCUGGCACUAUCUAGGUGCUCUCCUCCUCUUUAUCAUCAGCUACUUCAUCGUGUACUGUUGCAUUGAGAGACGGAAGAAAUAUGGCAGACAGGGAAAAAUUGGGAGUUCGACGUUCGACAUGAGUUCCUAUACUCCACUCCUAAUGCAAACGGAUAACAUGGAAAAUGUUGACUCCACGCUGGAGUCUCUUCCUUCCUAG